AUGGCGACCCAGGGGGUCGACAUGCUGCAAACCUACGCGUGGGGUGUGCUCGUAACGGGCUGGCCGCCAGAGUUCUUGGCAGAAGUGACAGAGGAAAUGUUCAACGCCCUGUACGGCAUCGGUUGCGCUGGAGCUGUCGCGGCCAUGGUAGCCUACGACCCGUUGGAUCCCGCUCCGUGGCAGUUCGGGAACCUGUGCGAGGAGACCAACUCGUACGGCUUCCGGCCAAUAACGGCCAUCUGCCCAGUUGCUUGCGGUUGCCGAGAGACGCACGCGUUACUCUGCCCGGCCACAUGCUAA